AAUGAUAUGACCUUUAGUUUACGUGAAACAACCACUUGUCGUGGCUGCAUGGCCAUGGCCAUGCACAUAGAGAGACUGAAAAGUGAGCUGUUUUCUUAAAUGGAGUGAAUCUUCAAGGAAUUGAACGAACUGUGAUGGGGCAGUUUUAUGAUCUGGAAUGACUGUAGUGACUCUGUGGGACUCUGUGGAAUGUGGUGGGGAGGAAAGAACAAGUUUUUAAGUACUGAUUACUAGCACCAAUAUCUGGUCAUAAUGGUUUCCAUACCUGAAUAUUAUGAAGGAAAGAAUGUUCUUCUGACUGGAGCUACGGGCUUCAUGGGAAAAGUGCUUCUGGAAAAACUGCUCAGAUCUUGUCCUAAAGUCAAAGCAGUGUAUGUAUUGGUAAGACCCAAAGCAGGGCAGACACCAGAAGCACGAAUAGAGGAAAUAACCAGCUGUAAGCUCUUUGACAGGUUGAGAGAGGAGCAGCCAGACUUCAAAGAAAAAAUUGUAGUGAUUACAAGUGAACUUACUCAGCCUGAACUGGACCUUAGCGACCCAGUCAAGGAAAAACUUAUAGAAUGCAUUAAUAUUAUAUUUCAUUGUGCUGCUACAGUCAGAUUCAAUGAAACACUAAGAGAUGCCGUUCAGUUAAAUGUGCUUUCCACAAAGCAGCUCCUUUCUUUGGCACAGCAAAUGACGAAUCUAGAAGUAUUCAUGCAUGUUUCCACUGCGUAUGCAUAUUGCAAUCGAAAACAUAUUGAGGAAAUUGUUUAUCCACCUCCUGUUGAUCCCAAGAAGUUGAUGGAUUCUCUUGAGUGGAUGGAUGAUAGCCUCGUAAAUGAUAUUACUCCUAAGCUUAUAGGUGACAGGCCUAACACCUACACAUACACAAAAGCCUUAGCUGAAUAUGUAGUACAGCAAGAAGGUGCAAGACUAAACACUGCCAUUAUAAGGCCGUCUAUUGUUGGUGCUAGCUGGAAGGAGCCUUUUCCUGGAUGGAUUGAUAACUUCAAUGGACCUAGUGGUCUCUUCAUUGCUGCAGGAAAAGGAAUUCUUCGAACAAUGAGAGCUUCCAACGGUGCAGUAGCAGAUCUUGUUCCAGUAGAUGUUGUUGUCAAUAUGACACUGGCUGCAGCUUGGUAUUCUGGAGUUAAUAGACCAAGAAAUAUCAUGGUAUAUAACUGUACAACAGGUGGCACCAACCCUUUCCACUGGAGUGAAGUUGAGUACCAUGUAAUUUCUACUUUCAAGAGGAAUCCUCUCGAACAGGCCUUCAGACGGCCCAAUGUAAAUCUAACUUCCAAUCACCUUUUAUAUCAUUACUGGAUUGCUGUAAGCCAUAAGGCCCCAGCAUUCCUGUAUGAUAUCUACCUCAGGAUUACUGGAAGAAGUCCAAGGAUGAUGAAAACAAUAACACGUCUGCAUAAGGCAAUGGUAUUCUUAGAAUACUUUACAAGCAAUUCUUGGAUCUGGAAUACUGAAAAUAUGACUAUGCUAAUGAAUCAACUAAGCCCUGAAGACAAAAAGACUUUUAAUUUUGAUGUUCGACAACUACAUUGGGCAGAAUACAUGGAAAACUACUGCAUGGGAACAAAGAAAUAUGUGUUGAAUGAAGAAAUGUCUGGCCUCCCUGCUGCUAGGAAACACUUAAAUAAGUUAAGGAAUAUACGCUAUGGAUUCAAUACAAUUCUGGUGAUCCUGAUUUGGCGCAUCUUUAUUGCAAGAUCACAAAUGGCAAGAAAUAUCUGGUACUUUGUGGUUAGUCUGUGCUACAAGUUCCUCUCCUACUUCAGAGCCUCCAGUACUAUGAGAUACUGAAGAACAAGAAUUUAGCAUUAGGGCAUCUAUGCAUAUAGCAGCAGUCUAACUACACAAAGUCUGUUACAUGUAAUCAUCUCACAUUUUGUAAAAACAUUAUUUUAAAUUGGAGUGCAAAAUACAUAGUAUGGUGUAUGUAAAGUUAGUUAUAUAUCUUCCUGAAAACAGAAAAUAAAAUGUUCAAGUGCCAGGCUGAAUUGACUUUAGGCAAGUAUUUAACUUUUUAACCUGAGCAGAACAUUUUAGACCACUGACCAACGUAACUGUGCAGUUUGGGACAUUUUUGAUUGAAAUCUGCCUUAACAUAAUUUUAUUUUUAUUCCACAUUGAGAAAGGUGAAUAUUGAUACAAGAUUUGCUAGUUACUGUAGACCUAUUUAUUUGAAAUCCUGCUAAAUUGCAAAGGGUUUUACAGUCGCCGCAGUGCAUAAAUGCUGGUGGAUCUCCUGGAAAAACUAUUUUUGCCACUUCUUGUCUUCUCAAAGUAAGAUUGUAAUGAUGACUACUUGUCUUUACGAGAAAGUCCCCUCCCUUUGUUACAGAAAGGCCUUUUGUGUGAUCUGGUUUUAGGUGUGAUUCAGUUUCAUGCUCAAAAUUGACCCCAUCCUACUUGAGUUUAUGUCAGCAUGACCAAUUUGCUUUUCUGAAAGCAGAAUUGAUCCUAUCAUUGAAUAGAUAAAAGGAAUAUAGCCCUGAGGGGGGAAAAAGUGAUCAUUCACCAUCCUUUUUUUUUUUUUUUUUCUGUUGGUAACACAGAGCCAGCACUUGAUUGUUACAGUUCUGACUCCAAAACGUAAAUGUAUUUGAAAGGAGUUUAUUAUGCUUGAUAGUUAUUCAUAGUACUGGUAACUGUAGUUGGACAAACUGUAGGGUUUUGUUGAGAUAUACCUGUUCGUAAAUUUCUGCAUGGUGUUAGUGAGUACUUCAUGAAUUCUUGAAAUUAAGCGAUGAAAAAUUCCAUGCAUGCGUAACACCAUUGCCUAAGCACUCUUUCUCAUUUUUGCCCCAAUAAAACCUUUGUUUUGCUGGGCAAGCAGAACAAGAAGCAUCGUGCUUCAGAAUGGAAAUAUCUUAACAGUUCUUCUAUGAUUUAGCUUAAAUUAUUAGGUUUAAAUAUGAAGUGUUUUGCUGCGUUUAAUUCAUUCUGGUAGGUAAAACUCAUCAAAAUAGCAAGUUGUAAGAAAAGACUGAAUUCCUGUUUAAGGCAAUAAGUAAAGGUCCCUUGAAAUUUUUGUUACAUAGAACUCUACUUAAGAACAGUCAUUUUCCUCUUAUUGAUGCACUGACCAGCACCCUUGCCCAGUGUUUUUCAUUAAAAUCAGUUUAUACUGUAUGUUAAUAUGUUCUUGAAUCUGCUUGAAAAAACAAAUAAUGACUUAAUUACACAAGAGCUAAAUGAUACUUGCCCUUGGUAGUUGUCCUAUUUGAAUUAAGUAUGUAAAGAACUUAUUUUGCUAUUCUUGUGGAAACUCCUUACUUUAAGGAGAACACCUUUCAUGCAGGUGUAUAUCUCAUUUUGAAAAGACAAUGGCUUCCUUGUUGAAGCUAAGUAUUCUGUAGUAAGUAGUUAAGCUGUAAUUCCUUUUUAAAAUGAUCUGUGUAUGUGUACACACACGCACACACACACACACAGCUUGUGAUGAAAAGCCUAAAUGGUCUAGGACCACACCUUGUGUGAGAGACCUCUGGCUGUGGCUGAAAAUAAAUUAUGGCUUCUAUGACUGAGGAUGUUACACUUUAACUAAUGCAUUAAGUGUAUUACAUUUUUAGUUACCUCUCCAAGUACCUUACUAGACCUGAAAGUAUGCUUAAGCGUUCCUGCACUGUAGACUUUUUCAGAGGUGCCUACAAUCCAAUGAUGUCCUCAUCUCAUGUUGGCAUGUGACUGAAGUUUGCAAAAAAGACAAGUACAUCAUUGUCCAAAAAUAAUUUCUGUGCAACAACUCAGUUAAAAAAUUUGUUUUUCAUAGUCAUUUCUCCACGUGAUACUUUUAACAUUGAUCUCUUAAUAAUGCAAACUAUGAAGCCAAUGAAUUGAUUAUUUCUGGUUCAUAGCUGCUUAGGAAUCUACUCUUUUGAAUAUAUAACUGGAGGAAAGGACACUUCACUUCUACUCUUUAAGCAUUUAACAGUUUAGAAACUCAGAUUUUUUUCUCUUUGGAGUCCAUGGUUAUCUGUUGACUAUUGGUAUCUUAAACUCAUCAGUCAUCCUAUUUAAUUGAUGAUAGAUUUAGUGUCACAUUUAUUACGUUACUUAUGUUGCUUCCUGUGGUCAGUCUGUGAAAUUCUAGUUGAACGUACUGUUUUCUUUCCAUAUCAGGACCCUGUUCUAUUGCAGUUCUUCAAUGUUUGCACGUAAUAAAUGUUGGUCAGAAAUAGACUGGAACUUUGUUUUGAUACAGGAAGCUGGAUUCGCUGUACUGAAUAGCAAAUGACAGGAGGUAUUCCAAUUGGUUAAGUAAGAAGAGCAAUUGAAACAACAUGAUCAUUUAACAGUUACAGGUAUUAAAAUUUGGGACCAGGAAAAAUUAUUUUCCUGUAAUGUUUUUCUGCUGUAGGAACAGAUGUUCAGAAACAAAUGCUAAAUCUGUGAGCUUUUAUAAGACAAACAGAAAUAUUGGGUGCCUUUGUUUGUAAACCAAAAAAUAAACAAAUCGCUGAAAA